AUGUCACAGAUCAGGAAAAAAAAGUGUAUUCCCACUUUCAAGUGCGUAAUCAUUGGCCCUGCUGGCUGCGGAAAGACGAGCCUUAUUCAAAGCCAUUUGACUGGAGCUUUUGACAAGAAUUACAUACCCACACGUAAGACUAAAGAGUGCCAACUCACCUACCACACCAGUCGCGGGCCCAUUUGCUUCAAAGUUUGGGAGAGCACCGGUCAGAAGGAGCACUAUACCAAAGUUAAAUGUGCCAUAAUCAUGUACGACGUCUCCUCCUGUGACAGCUAUGAUGCUGUGCCCAAGCUGGAGAGCGACCUUCUUAGCCGUUGUGGCAAUAUCCCAGUGGCCAUGUGUGCCAACAAGUUUGACCUGUUUACGAUCAGCAGCCCUCUGCGGCACUUGAAAGAAGAAGUUUUAAUAUCUCUUAAACUAAGAUGCAACCUAGGAGGCCCUUUCCUCUACCUAGCACAGAAACUAUUUGGAGAUCGCGAUCUGCGCUUUGUGCCGAUGUUGGCUAAAAAGCCACCCUAUGCUCCAAUCUCCAGGGAUCAGCAGAUGCAAAUAUUACAAAUGGAACUGCCCGAGCCACCCGAAGAGGAUAAUGACGAUUAUUAUUACCAUAUUCAAUAA